CCCCCCAUCGCAGCAGGACCCGGCAGAAGAGAGCCACGGUGCCGCGGAAGAGUCGGAGGGCACACCUAGGAGCGUGCCGAGUGACACGGGCAUGUCAUCGCCGCAGUCGCAGCAAGGCACCGGUGGUGGUGGGGGCGGGGCCCCAGGCGGGCCACUCCUCGAUGCCUUGGCAGCAGAGGGCGCCGGUGGCAACCCUGAAGACCCGCUGGCCUUCCUUCGGUUCCAGCCACAGUUCCAGCAGAUGCGACAGGUGAUUCAGCAGAACCCGCAGCUGCUCAACGCAGUGUUGCAGCAGCUUGGCCAGUCUAACCCCCAGCUCCUGCAGCUCAUCUCGAGGAACCAGGAGGCGUUUGUGCGAAUGCUGAACGAGCCGAGCCCGCCACCGGGUGCAGGAAGCCAGGGCAGUGGUGGUGGUGCGCCGGCUGGUGGCCUUGCAGGCCUCGGUAGCGGAGGAGCGCCCAUCGAAGUCAACUACGGCCAGGUCACGCCACAGGACAAAGAGGCCAUCGAGAGGCUGAAGGCGUUGGGCUUUCCAGAGUACCUGGUCGUGCAGGCCUACUUCGCCUGCGACAAGAACGAGAACCUGGCCGCCAACUUUCUGCUCUCGCAAAACUACGACGACUGACGCCUCUCGACGCCGUGCCUUAAGCCCUCCUAUCCCACAGACCUCCGUUCGAAGCCGCGGGUCCCCCACUCGACCCCAUCUUCGGUUUUCUGCUCGCCCAACAUAAAAAAAAAUGAAAACAAAUCAAAUGGAGCAAGGGAGGAAAACAAAGUGACAACUCUGGUGUGCGUGCGUUCGAGACAGCUUCUUUGCGCCUUUUCAUUUUUUCACUUUUUAAUGAGGGGGUAUUUAAAGGAGUGAGAGCAAAAGGGGUUAAUAAAUAAAAGUAACGAGCAGAAACCCCACAACCACCCGCGUGACUGAAGGCGACGGCCUACCUGUUUUGACGGUCACCGGUGCUUCGCGUGACGUCAGCGUUCUGUUUCCGGGCGGGUCAUGAGCAGCUGCUGCUUCGACGGUCGGUGUCUUUUUUUUUUUUUUUUUUUUUGUGCUUUGGGAGUAAGGGCGUGUGUUUUGUGUUGAUACUUUUUUUUGUUCUGUACAGGAUAAGUUUGCAUUAAAUGAUGAGCAAGAAUGGUUGUAAUUGAGAGAGAUUAAAGAAAAAAAGAAAACUGGCAAUAUGCGGUGGUAUUCGCGCACUGUUAUGCGGUCUGGGCGAAUUGCACUGCGGGUUUGCCGAAUGCUUGCUGUUCCUGUACGCGGUUUAUAGCGUGUUGAAAAUAAAUGACUCAUUCGCAACGACAA